AUGGGCAAAUCUGUCCUCCCCUAUGUCUCGCCCGAGGAGGUGUUGAAGCGGAACGGGGUGGAUCAACCUGACAUUUGGUUGGUGAUCGAUGAUAUCGUUUAUGAUUGUACACCCUUCUUAUCACGACAUCCCGGGGGUGACGCUGUGUUGAAGAGCUUUGCUGGGUUUGAUUGUUCGUGGCAAUACCACUCCAUCCAUGGCGCACGGCGAAAAGUCUCAGCAAACAGGUCAUUAGAGAAAUUACGAGUCGGCUGGACAGAGGGAGUUAGGAAUCCAUAUUCCAAGCCCGAAUGGGCUGAAUAA